AAUCACCUUAACCUACACCCCAUGUGCAAGCCCCCUUGCCAUAACUGACAUUUUAGCAACAAAAUUAUAAUUUGAAGAUAUCUAAGCACCAUGUGUUGCUGGAUUUAAAUUUCAAGCUGUAGGAGACAUGACAGUUUAAUCUGCAAUUCACUAAAUGAACGUCACAUCAAACUUCAAUCUUUAAGAAGCUGUUAAAGCUGUAAGUAAAGGUUGGGUUUUUUCUUUCAAAGCCGGUCUCCUUCACCGUCCUAAAAGUCAUAUAUUUGAAGUAUGGAUCAAAGCUGCACGAGUGAUUUUCAAUUAUCUGGAAUCUCAACAGAGUUUCCCCAGUAACACUGUACCAAUGACACACAAAAUAACUCCUCCAGUUUAGUUUGUGGGAGAAAAUUCUUUAAACUCUUAAAGAUCUUGUAGUCUCACAGAGAUUACACUGGACUUAGCUGGGUUUUCCCUCUAUGAGGGCAGCCAUUUCUCUACAAGUUUUGGUAAAAAUUACAACUCGGAUUUUAAAAUGCAAACAGAUGUUCAUAAAGCGUCCGAAAUAGGCCACUUCAUUCUAUUCCUGGGCCGGGGAGGGGACUGAAUUCACUUUGUGUCCCGACCCUGUAAAGGGCAAAACCCCACCCCUUUGGUGUAAACUCUUAAGAGAAGUGGGACAACACACUUUAGUUUCCCCAAGGCUGGCGACGUGUGGGGUCAGGUCGUUCUGAGAAUCGAGGAUGGGGGAAAGUCUUGAGGGCAAUAGCGCUCAGAGAUCUCCACGCACGGGCUCGCGAAGUCUCCACGUGCCCCGAUCUGGUGUCACUAGUUAAAGGCAGCUGCUGAGAGAUUUGGAACUGAAGAAGAUGGCCACUUUGAACCAGACCAACUCUAACACAGAGUCCCCAGCAGCCCUGGAGGAGGCCAAGGCCUUUGGCAUUCCAGGGAGUCCCAGUAUACCCCCUGAACCUCACAACUCUGGUGGUUCUCUGCCCCUGACACCCUGGAUGGAGAACCACUCAGAGGAUGAAGAUCUUGCUGGGGCUGGCAGGAGCCUGGGCUGGAACAGUAAGAAUGCCCAGACCGAGAGCCUGGAAGGCUGCUCAGCAGAGGCUGUGCUGGGCCGGAAGAAGCACCGUCGGCGGCCAUCAAAGCGCAAGCGACACUGGCGGCCCUACCUAGAGCUGAGCUGGGCUGAGAAGCAACAGCGAGAUGAGAGGCAGAGCCAGAGGGCCUCCCGGGUCCGCGAGGAGAUGUUUGCCAAAGGCCAGCCGGUGGCUCCCUACAACACCACCCAGUUCCUGAUGAAUGACCGAGACCCAGAGGAGCCCAACUUGCAUGUACCCCCAGGGGUCUCCCACCCGGGCUCCAGUGGGGACAGUGAGGCAGGGGACAGCGAUGGGCAGGACCGGGUUCACGGCGAGUUCCAGCAGAGGGACUUCUCUGAGGCCUAUGAGCGCUACCACACCGAGAGCCUGCAGGACCGCAGCAAGCAGGAGCUGGUGCGGGACUACCUGGAUCUGGAGAAGCGGCUGCUGCAGGCAGAGGAGGAGACAAGGCGCCUGCAGCAGCUGCAGGCGUGUACCGGCCAGCAGUCCUGUCGCCAGGUGGAAGAGCUGGCUGCUGAGGUCGAGAGGCUGCGCACUGAGAACCAGAGGCUUCGGCAGGAGAACGAGAUGUGGAACCGAGAAGGCAACCGCCGCGGUGAGGAGCCGGGCACCUAGGGUCCUCCCCAGCCAGGUGGACCCAGGAAGGUCUCUUUUCAUACACACUCAGGCUAGCUGGGUCUCAAGGAGGCAAGUAACAGAUGGAAAGCAUUCUCAGCACCCCUGUGCCCCCUGAGAACAGCUAAAAAUAGGUUCAGUCUUCUACCUUGUCAUUUCCACAGUUGGUUCUUUGAUGUCAUCUUACUUUUUACGGAGAAAUUAAAUGCUCUUGGUGAG